AUGCUGCUGCUCGCCUUGCUGGGUGCUCCCCCUCUCCCCUCCUGCCCUCUGUUGCCUCUGCUGCUGCGGUCGACCUUGUUGGUCUUGAGUCGGUCGCUGCGGCGUCUGCCCCUAGCGGGAGACGCCGCCCUGGCAAGGGCAAGGGGGGCAAGGGUGCUGGAGGAGCUGGCGGGGGCGGUGGAGGCGGAGGUGGAGGUGGUGGAGGGGGUGGGGGUGGCGGUGGGGGUGGUGGCGGGGGUGGGGGCGUCAGUGGCGGCAGUGGAGGCGGAGGCGGAGGCGGCGGUGGCGGUGGGAGCGGAGGUGGCGGAGGUGGCGGUAGUGGAGGAGGUAGCGGCGGAGGAGGUGGAGCUGGUCGGGGUGGCGCUGUCCAGAGGGUUGGCUCCGGUGGUGGUCAGCGCCAGCAGCAGCAGCAGCGCGCUCGUGAGAUCCCCCCCCCUCAGCAGCUUCGUGAGUGGUACGCUGCACGUCAGCGGGCGCUGCUUCGGCCGUCUGACGGACGCGUGGCGUCACCAGUUCCCCGACGCUACUGAGAUCCCUCGCUGGGGCGAGCUGUCUAGGGAUGGUGUUGCGAUCUUUGAUCUUGAUUAUGAUGCUAUUCUUGCUGCCAUGUAUGCUGUGACUAUUAGUGAUGAGGGUGACUGUUACCGGUGUUUUCCGCCUGACCCAGGCAUAGAGGCUGCUGCGCUAGGUGCUUGUGAGGCUGCUGCUCUAGGUGCCAGUGCGUCUGCCGCCCCAGGUGCCGGUGAGUCUGCGCUCUCAGGUACUGCGUCGUCUCCGGACACCCACACCUUCACCCUUGACUCGGGUGCUUCCCGCUCCUUCUUUCGAGACUGCACCACUCUCACGCCACUCAGUCGGCCCGUUGCAGUCUCCCUGGCAGACCCCUCUGGGGGUCCUGUCCUUGCCCACUACUCCACUGUCCUACCGUGUCCAGCGGUCCCGUCUGGCUCCCUGUCGGGUCUUUACCUCCCCUCGUUCUCUACGAACUUGGUGGCGGGUGCUGACCUACAGGAUGGGGGAGUUGACCAGUUCACCCCUGCUCGUCAGCGGGUGACUCACUGCACGUGUGCAGACACGGGCCGACACUUGGCCACGUUUACCCGUCGGCCGGGGUCGAGCCUGUACACACUGACUACUGAGUCUCCUCCAGUCACUGAGUCUGCUCAGGUAGCAGCGUCGGGUCAGGUGUUUGCUGCGGCGUCCAGGUCUGGUCCUGAGUCUGCCCCCUGCUCGUGUCGUCUCCUGUCCCACCGGACUCUCCUCUGGCACCACCGUCUUGGUCACCCCUCCCUGCCUCGUCUUCGAGGCAUGGCUUCCCGUCUUCUUGUCUCUGGCCUCCCCCGGUCCCUCCCUCCCCUUCCUCCGGGGCCUGCCCCCACCUGCGUUCCCUGCGUCGAGGGGCGGCAGCGCGCUGCCCCUCACUCCUCCGAGUUUCCUCCGACAGAGGCUCCGCUGCAGACGCUUCACAUGGACGUGUGGGGCCCUGCCCGCGUCCGUGGACAGGGUCACGAGCGUUACUUCCUGCUGGUGGUUGACGACUACUCGCGUUACACCACAGUCUUCCCCUUGCGCAGCAAGGGUGACGUCACUGAGGUGUUGAUCGCCUGGAUCCGCGCAGCUCGUCUCCAGCUCCGGGAGAGUUUCGGCUCUGACUUUCCUGUUCUGCGUCUGCACUCCGACAGAGGCGGAGAGUUCUCCUCUGACCUUCUGCGGGCCUUCUGUCGUGCACGAGGCAUCCGCCAGACCUUCACGCUUCCGGACUCUCCACAGCAAAAUGGGAUUGCUGAGCGCCGCAUUGGCAUGAUCAUGGACAUCGCUCGUUUGUCCAUUGUCCAUGCGGCUGCCCCCCAUUUUUUGUGGCCGUUUGCGGUUCGGUACGCGGCGCAUCAGAUCAACCUUCACCCCCGGGUCUCCAGGCCGGAGACCUCCCCUGCUUUACUGUGGACGGGGAAGGUUGGCGAUGCGUCUGCGUUCCGUGUCUGGGGAUCUCGGGCGUUUGUCCGCGACUUGUCUGCGGACAAGCUGUCCUCUCGUGCUGUUCCCUGCGUCUUCCUUGGCUUCCCUCCUGACGCGCCAGGCUGGCAGUUCUACCACCCCACCUCUCGUCGUGUUCUGUCCUCCCAGGACGUCACCUUUGACGAGUCGGUUCCCUACUACCGUCUCUUCCCCUACCGCACUGCGUCCCUCCCUCCCCCGCCGCUCUUCCUUACGCCAGGUCCCCCUCCGGUAGACCCCCUCCCCCCUCAGGGUCCUGCUCCCUCAGGUGUGUCCCAGGUAGAUGCAGUCGAGCCUGUCGAGGUAGCUGUUGACUCUGGUACUGCUGGGGGUGCUGAGCCUGGGGGUGCUGGGUCUGGGGGUGCUGCGCCUGGGGGUGCUGAGCCUGGGGGUGCUGCGCCUGGGGGUGCUGAGCCUGGGGAUGCUACGUCUGAGGGUGCUGAGCCAGGGGGUGCUACGGCUGGGGGUGCUGAGCCUGGGGGUGCUGCGCCUGGGAGUGCUGAGCCUGGGGGUGCUGUGUCUCGGAGUACGGAGCCUGAGAGUGCUGGGCCUGGCGGUUCUUCGGGUGCUUCGUCCCGGCGGGAGCUACUCUCUCCACAGGAGCUGCGUGAGUGGUUCGCCCGGCGCUGGCGGCGUGCUGCUGGAGCUGGUGGUGCUGCGGACGCUGGAGGUUCUGCUGCUGCUGAGGGUGCUGGUGCAGAGGGUCCCAGAGGUGCUCGUACAGGGUGUACUGGAGCUGCUGGGCCUACGGGUGCUCCUCUUGCUGGUGCUGGUGGUGCUACUGGUGCUACUGGCGUUGGUGCUGCUGGUGCUCCUGGAGCUGGAGCUGCUGCGUCUUCGGGUGGUCCGACUGGAGCUGGAGCUACUGGGGGUGUUGGCGCUGGAGGUGCUACUGGCGCUGGUGCUGCUGAGGGUGCUGGAGUUGGAGCUGCUGGAGCUGAGGGUAUGCCUGGUGCUGGUGCUCCCGUUGGGGUGUAG